GGAGCUGUCUCCUUGGCUGCCUGCCUGAUUCCUCUGCUCUCUCACCCACCAUUUCAAGUCACCAUGUCAGGACCUGGAAGCAAGCGGGUGGCAGGGGAUGGGGGCUCAGGGCCACCGGAGAAGAAGGCCAGCAGGGAAGAGAAGACCACCACCACUCUCAUUGAGCCCAUCCGGCUGGGGGGCAUUUCUUCCACGGAGGAAAUGGACCUCAAGGUGCUCCAGUUCAAGAACAAGAAAUUAGCUGAGCGCCUGGAGCAACGGCAGGCCUUUGAGGAUGAGCUGCGCGAGCGAAUUGAGAAGCUGGAGAAGAGGCAGGCCACAGACGAUGCCACCCUCCUGAUCGUCAACCGCUACUGGAAGCAGCUGGAUGAGACGGUGCAAGGGCUGCUGAAACGUUAUGAUGGAGAUUGCGGGCAGCCUCCGGAAGAGCCCAAGCUGGAUGCCACAGGGGCGGAUUUAGAGAGUGUGUCUGUCCUCGGUCAGGAGGGACUGGAUAGGAGAGAAUCAAUCCUGUCCCCCGUGACUCCUCCCACCUCCUGGAAGCCCGGAGGCCUCGUGCUGAAUGAGCCGGCCCUCUCCUUCCUGGCUACCUUGGCCAGCAGCAGCAGUGAAGAGAUUGAGCUGCAGCUUCAGGAGCGCAUGGAGUUCUCCAAGGCUGCCGUCUCCCGGGUCGUGGAGGUCUCCGACAAGAUCCACCGGCGCACGGAGGAGCUCUGCCAGAAGAUCCAUGCCCGUGUGGACUUCGACCAGCUGGAAGAGGCGGUGAAGGCUCUCAAUAAGGAGCUGAUGCGGGAGAACCGGCACCUGCAGGACCUGAUCACCCAGCUACAGGAGAAGCACCAUAAGAUCUCCCUAGAGUAUACAGAGCUUCAGGACAAGGUGACUUCGUCAGAGACCAAAGUGCUAGAGAUGGAGACAACCAUCGAAGACCUGCAGUGGGACAUCGAGAAGCUGCGCAAGCGGGAGCAGAAGCUGAACAAGCACUUGGCCGAGGCCCUGGAGCAGCUAAAUUCGGGUUAUUACGCAUCUGGCAGUUCCGGCGGGUUCCAGGGUGGGCAGAUCACGCUUAGCAUGCAGAAGUUUGAGAUGUUGAAUGCUGAGCUGGAGGAGAACCAAGAACUCGCCAACAGCCGCAUGGCAGAACUGGAGAAAUUGCAACAGGAAAUGCAGCAGGCUGUUAGGACCAAUGAGAAGCUCAAGGUGGCGCUGCGGAGCCUGCCCGAGGAGGCGGUGAAGGAGACGCUGGAGUACAAAGUGCUCCAGUCUCAGUUCUCGCUGCUGUACAACGAGAGCCUGCAGGUGAAAACGCAGCUGGAUGAGGCCCGCGCCCUUCUUCUCACCACCAAGAACAGCCACCUGCGCCACAUCGAGCACAUGGAGAGCGAUGAGCUGAACCUGCAGAAGAAGCUGCGGACGGAGGUGAUCCAGCUGGAGGACACGCUGGCACAAGUGCGCAAGGAGUAUGAGAUGCUCCGUAUCGAGUUUGAGCAGAACUUGGCUGCCAAUGAGCAAGCAGGCCCCAUCAACCGAGAGAUGCGGCACCUGAUCAGCAGCCUGCAGAACCACAACCACCAGCUGAAGGGCGACGUACAGCGUUAUAAGCGCAAGCUCCGGGAGGUGCAGGCGGAGAUCAACAAGGUCCGGAUGCAGCAGAGUGGCUUUCCCUCUAGUUCAGCCACGGCUCACCCUCCAUCAGGGGGUGAAGAUCAUACGGGACCGCCAGGGGCUCCAGGCACAGCUACAGUGAAAGAAGAAGAGGGGGCCGUGCCCCCUGAAGUGAAGAGGGAGCCCAAAGAGGUGCAAGUGAAGAAGGAGCCCAAGGAGGAGAUGGUGACCCCCCAGUCAUUUGGGGCCCAUGAGGGGGUAAAAAAGGAGGAAGAGGAACCCCCUGCCCUCCAGCCCCCCACCCCGCAGCCGCCCCCACCUCCCCGAGCCAAGGAACCCGAGAGGUCCAAGGGGCGUGGCGGAGACCGGAGCGGGGACCGCGAGAGAUCCCGGGACCGGGACAAAGAGACCUCGUCGUCGUCUUCGUCAUCGUCCUCUUCCUCACGGGACCGGGACAAACAGAAGGGCGGCGGGGGCGGCGAUGAUCCCAAGAAGAAGGACUCCGAUAUUCUGAAACAGCUGAGGACUGAGCUGAAGAAGGCUCAAGAGAGCCAGAAGGAGAUGAAGCUGCUCUUGGACAUGUACAAGUCGGCUCCCAAAGAGCAGCGGGACAAAGUGCAGCUCAUGGCGGCGGAGAAGAAAACCAAGGCAGAGGUGGAGGAGCUGCGGGUGCGGAUCCGCGAACUGGAGGAGAAGGAGAAGAAGGAAAGCAAGAAGAUGGCGGAUGAGGACGCCUUGCGUAAGAUCAAGUUGGCGGAGGAGCAAAUCGAGCAUCUGCAGAAGAAGCUGGCUGCAACCAAACAGGAGGAGGAGGCUCUGCUGUCCGAGAUGGACGUGACGGGCCAGGCCUUCGAGGACAUGCAGGAGCAGAACACGCGGCUGAACCUGCAGCUGCGCGAGAAGGACGACGCCAACUUCAAGUUGAUGUCGGAGCGCAUCAAAUCCAACCAGAUUCACAAGCUGCUGCGGGAGGAGAAGGACGAGCUGGCCGAGCAGGUGCUGGCCCUCAAGUCGCAGGUGGACACCCAGCUGCUGGUGGUGCAGAAGCUGGAGGAGAAGGAGCGGGUACUGCAGGGGAAUCUGGCCACCGUGGAGAAGGAGCUGACUUUGCGCAGCCAGGCCUUGGAGCUCAACAAAAGGAAGGCGGUGGAGGCCGCCCAGCUGGCGGAAGAUCUGAAGGUGCAGCUGGAGCACGUGCAGUGUCAGCUGAAGGAGAUCCAGACCUGCAUGGCCGAGAACCGAGCGGCCAAGGAGAAGGAGUCUUUCAACCUCAAGAGGGCUCAGGAGGAGAUUUCCCGCCUGCGGCGCAAGCUGGAGAAACAGCGGAAGGUGGAGGUCUAUGCGGACGCCGACGAGAUCUUGCAGGAGGAGAUCAAGGAGUACAAGGCCAAGCUGACCUGCCCGUGCUGCAACACGCGCAAGAAGGACGCAGUCCUCACCAAGUGCUUCCACGUCUUUUGCUUCGAGUGCGUCAAGACGCGCUACGACACCCGCCAGCGGAAAUGCCCCAAGUGCAACGCGGCCUUCGGGGCCAACGACUUCCACCGCAUCUACAUCAGCUGAGCGCC